UAAUUAGAUUUCACAGUAACAAAUAACAUAUUUUAUCCAAGAGAUAUUUAAAAAAAUGGCAUUUACGAUCUCCUUCACAUAACUAUUUUUGUCAUUUGCAAAAGGUAGAUAUUCUUCCACCAUUUUUAAAACGUUCAUAUAUUUAACUUUUAUUAACAAUAGUUUAUUAAAUAAAUGUCAACAGUUUUAGUCAGACUAUCAUUUUUUAAAGGAUACAAAAAUAAAAUAUAGAUUCUAUAUCUGGAUUUAUAAACAAUUAAUAACAUAUUUAAAAUAGUGUAAAACUGAACAGUUGUAGAUUGCAAUAAUUUACAUGUUUUCUAUAGUGUCUUAUAAUUAAGUUUACAAAAUCUAUGAUUGUUUGUUUCAUUGAGAUGUUAAUUACAAGUAAUAACUCAAGGAGAAUAAUAAACGUAACUAUGGUGUUACUUUUAAUGCAAGUAAACCAUAAUGAUACACUUAACACUGGAUACAAGGAAAACCAAGUAAAGUCAAUCGAAAAUGUUCAGCUUUUAAAAUGUUCUUAUUUAAUUAAUGCUUUAAAAUAUAUGCAAAUAAGUAAAAUAGAAUUAUAUCAUCCGGACAGAGAACUAAAAAAUGUAUUUUAUUCAAUGUCGAGAUAUCUUGGAGUUUUAAAAAAAAUGAUGAGUACAUUAUUUGGUUUCAAAGGUGUUGAAAUAGGUUCUUUAUGGUUAUUAAACUUAUAUUUAGGUAUAGUUUGCCGUCAUGUACAUAAAUUGAUACAAUCAAAUUCAAUUCAAAGAUAUUCUGUUGAGUAUAUUAAAAUUUAUCUUAAGGAUACUCAUGAUUAUAUUAUUGAUGAAUUAGACUCUGAGGCAUCAGGCAUGGAAUGUAAUACAGAUAAAAAUCAAUUUUAUAUAAACGAAAAUGAAUUGAAACAAUUAAAAAAUCAGCCAUUAAAAGAUAUAUUUAAUAUCAUAAAAAAAGAAAUCUCUAUCAUAAACAACUUUAUUUUAAAAAAUACUGAUUUACCUGCAGUAAACUACGAAAAGUUUACUGUAAAUAAUAUUCUAAUUCAAAAUAUCGGAGAUAACGCUUUUAGAACAAAUUUGUUAAUGAAUUCUUUUAAUGUACAAGUUGAUUGGAAUGUUACUAAAAAGAGUGUUCUACAGAAAUUGCAGGAAAAAUACGAAAAAGCAAAUAAUAUCGAUUGGAGGAAAAACCAAUUGAGUAGUAUUCAAAAAUACUACGAUUUAGUUUUUAGCUUUUUCAAAGUCAUAAUUUUAAGGUUAACAUGGAAACAUAUCUUAUACGUAAAAAAACAAGAAAAUGAAUCUACUAAGGAAGUUUUGAUUGAUAAAUGGGUAAAAAUACUUAGGGACUUUGUGAAGUUCCUUCAUUUAAAAGACAAUGAUUAUGUUAAUAUGGUAAAAAAAACAAUUGAAAAUCAGCGUGAUGUCGAUGACCAUUUGCUCAAAUCAUAUUUAAAUACUUUGUGUUUGGAUUUAGGGUGCAAUGCAUUAGAAGAAAUGGAAUUAAACGGCAAAGAAAAUUAUUUUGUGAAAGAUGAAAUAUGUAGACCAGUUCACAACGAAAUAGAGCUAGAGACUGUUAAGUUUUAUAGUUUAGGCGCUACUGAAAGAUUUAUCAGUAAUUUAAAGCGUUUGUUUAUAAAGGAUGACUUCGAUGUUAUUAAGUCUUUUAUUGAUUAUGCGGAAAAUAAUAAAUUGUUUUCUCAAAUUGAGAAAAAAAUUGAAUAUUCAUUUUCAUUAUUAGACAUUUAAUAAUUUAAUGUUAUUGAACUGUUUGCUAAAAUUACCAAACCACUUCAAAAUUAAAAUAAUAUUCAAUAAAUAAUACAAUAUUUGGUUCAUUUUUUUUUUUUAAAUACAACAAAAAUAGAUAUUUUCUUGUGUAUUAAUAUUAAUCUUAUAAUUUGUUUAUUAUUAUUGUCAUGGGUUUACGUUAUAAAUAAAUAAAAUAUUAAU